GGUGCUCCUGCUGCCUCAUCCCCCAAGUCAACUGAGGUUGUCCAGGGCCCAGAAGGCAGCCCUAGCAUCCAAAAAGAGGCUGCCCAGGGUACUGCAGGCAGCCUUGCUCCACCCCUCACUAAGGAAGAGACUGUUCAAGACCCAGCUGCUCCUGCCACCUCACUCCCCAAACAGGACAAGGGGGUCCAGGACUCUGAAGGGAGCCGCAUCUCAUCUCUCACCCAGGAAGAGGUUGUGCAGGACCCUGCUGUUCUCCCUGCCCCAUCUUCCUUAGUGGACGGAGUGUCCCCCAGCCCAGGAGGCACCCCUGCCCCAGUGCCAACAGGAGCAGAGGCCAGCACGGAGUCCCAGCUUGUCUCUGACUCCACCGAGGGCAAGACGUGCCCAGAGACAUUGAGGGAGGAGGAUGAGGUGGCCCUGGCCACUGACCUGGAGAUAUUUCUGGAUACCCUGCGGAGCAUGGAGCCCCCAGAGAUCCUCCGCACUCACCGGCUGCCACGAGCCCCUCGCUCCUCCUACUUGUCCAUGUAUGCCACACUGCCUGCCAUUGAGGAGGACCAGCCAGGGCCAUGGGUGCUGGGCCCCGGCCCCCAGGAGGUGCCUUCACUGGAAGAGAAAGAGGAGGAGGAGGAGGAACCAGAGAACCCCUAUCUAAGUGAUGACGAGAAGCUUCAGCGCAGGCAGGAGAAAGCUGGGCCCAACCCCUCCUGGGACCUCCACCCUGCCAGGCCCCCCCAGGUCUCCUGCUCUCCUCUAGAGAUGAUGAAGAAGCAUGUAGCAGGAACCAAGGGCCCCCACUUAGAGCUGGGGUUGGAAUUGCAGGGAGGCACCAGACCCACUUCCCGUCUCGGAGGCAGCCUUCUUUUCGGCAGUCUGGUGCCUGCCACCAAGGAGGCCUCCACCCCGGAACCGCUGGGCACAAAACUAUCUGCCCUGCUGCCCCAUGGGGCACCGGGGCUCAGGAAGGUGCCAGGACAGUUGCCCCUGCUUUGCAGUGAAAGACCAUCCGUGACGGAGAAGCUUGCCUGUGCCCUGCCCCUAGAGGAGUGGAGCCCAGCCUUAAAGACCCAGGGCAAGCCGAACACCAGGCCUGGAAAGGUGAUCUUCUUCUCGGAGUCUGGCUGCCAAGGCAGUGGCAGGGAGGUCUGGGGAGACAUUGUUGAUGCCUCAGGCUGGGCCCCCGUAGCCUCCAUAAGGGUAGUUCGAGGCUGCUGGGUGCUGUACGAAGAGCCAGAGUUCCGGGGUCAGAAGCUGGUCCUGCCUGAAGGAGACAUGGAACUCAGAACCCCAGAGACAAAGUGGAGUCCCCAAGGCAUCGGCUCCCUAAGGAGGGUUGUCUGGGACUACAGGACCCCGGAAAUCAGCCUCUUCUCUGAGGAGGGCCUCAAGGGGGCGCAAGUGAAGCUAAGAGAGGCCUUGAAGAAUUCCCAGGGUCUGGAGAAGCCCCUGCGGGUGGCAUCUGCCACUGUCUCUGCAGGACUGUGGCUACUGUACCCCAAACCAUUAUUUGAAGACACUCCCUACAUCCUGGAACCUGGAGAGUACCCCACCUCAGAGGCCUGGGGCACAUCGGACCCCAGCGUGGGCUCCCUGAAGCCCAUGAGAUUGGGCUGCCCAAGUGUGGAGAAGCCCGGGGAGCCGAGGGCUGUGGUGUAUGAGGCCCCCGGCUUUCAGGGCCGCAGCUGGGAAGUGAGCCAAGACAUCUACAACCUUCAGCAGCCAGAGGACAGCCAGAGCCCCCACCUGGCCUCUGUGGGGUCCCUGAGAGUUCUCGGGGGCUGCUGGGUGGGCUACGAGAAGGAGGGCUUUCGGGGCCACCAGUAUCUGCUGGAGGAGGGGGAAUACCCAGACUGGUCACACUGGGGAGGCUAUGACGAGUUGCUGACCUCCCUCCGGGUCAUCCGGACGGACUUUGGGGACCCGGCCAUCGUGCUAUUUGAGGCCAUGGACUUCGAGGGGCAUGGCGUGGAGGUGAGCAAGGCAUUGCCGGAUGUGGAGCUGGUGCAACACGGCCCCAGCACACAGGCCAUCCACGUGCUCAGCGGCGUGUGGGUGGCCUACCAGGAGGUGGGCUUCUCCGGAGAACAGUACGUGCUGGAGAAGGGCGUGUACCGUAACUGCGAGGACUGGGGCGCGGGCAACAGCGCCCUCGCUUCGCUACAGCCGGUCCUACAGGUCGGGGAGCACGAUCUGCACUUCGUCUCAAAGAUUCAGCUUUUCUCCCGCCCCGACUUUCUGGGCGACCACUUCUCCUUCGAAGAUGACCAGGCCGCUCUGCCCGCCUCCUUCCGACCUCAGUCCUGCAGAGUCCACGGCGGCAGCUGGAUCCUGUUUGAUGAGAAGAAUUUCGAGGGUGACCAGCACAUUCUUUCUGAGGGCGAGUUCCCCACUCUCACGGCUAUGGGCUGCCUAGCCUCUACGGUCCUGGGCUCUCUCCAGAAGGUAUCCCUGCACUUUUCAGAGCCUUCGAUUUUCCUGUAUGGACUCCAGUGCUUCGAGGGGAAGGAGAUCGAGCUCAGCAGGGAGGUGCGGAGCCUGCAAGCCGAGGGCUUCAACAACCACGUGCUGUCCGUGCGGAUCAAGGGGGGCGUUUGGGUGCUAUGUGAACACAGUGACUUCCGGGGCCGCCAGUGGCUGGUAGGAAGCUGCGAGAUCACCAACUGGCUGACCUACAGCGGCACCCAGAGGGUGGGCUCCCUCUACCCCAUCAAGCAGCGCCGGGUUUAUUUCCGCCUCUGGAAUGCAGCACUGGGCGGAUUCCUGGCAGUGCCGGACCAUGUGGAGGACAUGAAGGCAGGCCGUGUGGUGGUCUCCGACCCCCGAGCGGGAGGUAGCUGCAUCUGGUACUACGAGGAUGGGCUGCUGAAGAACCAGAUGGCCCCCACCAUGAGCCUGCAGGUAAUUGGACCCCCUAGCCCAGGCUCCAAGGUGGUGCUGUGGGCCGAGAGCCGCCUGCCGCGCCAGACGUGGAGCAUCAGUGAAUCUGGCCACAUCUGCAGCCAGAUGUUCGAAGGCCAGAUCCUGGAUGUGAAGGGAGGCCGGGGCUACGACCGGGACCACGUGGUACUAUGGGAGCCGGAUGAGGACAGGGCAUCCCAGAUCUGGACCAUCCAUGUGCUUUGAACCUUUUCACCUCACCCUCCAGCCCUGGAGGCUUUUGCUGGGAUGAAUGUCUUUAUAGGGUUUUUGUUGUAACAUAAGCUGUUUUCUAAUAUGCUGCCAGGUA